AGCUCACACACCACCACCACAGCCUUGACCAGGAUGCCACCAGCUCGCAGAAGGUGUGCCCCAACCAAGGCCUCACAGCUGGCCUGCCAGAUGACUACCUGGGGGCUCCUGUUUCUGCUCUGGCCCGUGGCCACAGCCACCCAGGCCUGCCCAAGGCCCUGCACCUGCCAGGCCUUGGAAACCAUGGGGUUAAAGGUGAACUGUGAGGGGCGGGGCCUCACAGCCCUGCCUGUGCUGCCAGCUCACACUCGCCAACUCUUCCUGGCCAACAACAGUCUGCGUUCAGUGCCGCCAGGUGCCUUCGACCACAUGCCUCAGCUGUGGAACCUCGAUGUGACACACAACCCCUGGCACUGUGACUGCGGCCUCACCUACCUGCGCCUCUGGCUGGAAGACCACAUGCCAGAGGCCCUGCUGCACAUCUACUGUGCCAGCCCUGACUUGGCCACCAAGCGUCCACUGGGCCAGCUGACAGGCUAUGAGCUGGGUAGCUGUGGCUGGAAGCUGCCACCAUCCUGGGCCUAUUCGGGGAUCUGGUGGGAUGUGGCACUGGUAGCUGUGGCCAUACUGGGCCUGGUCCUGCUGGCUGGCCUGCUGAGCACAUUCACAAAGCCUCUGAAUUGAACCUA